AGCAUAUGCUAGGGUUGCAGAUGCCCUAAGUCACCAUCACAUGUGAGUUGAAUCCAGUUUCUACAGUUCCCAUACCCUCACUUUCUCCUUGCCGGUCGCCUAUCGCCGGGUUGUUCACCAAAGGUUCUUCAAAAUGUUUUUGAAAUCUGAGUUAUCGUGGGAUGUGAUAAUCCAUGCUGAGAAACUUGAUGUUGAAGGCGUAAUGCUUCAGAAGGCAAUUCUUAUUCGCCUCAUGGAUGACUUUGCUGCAAAGAAGGCCUCAAAAGAUCUUGGUUACUUUAUGGCUGUUACUACAUUGGACAAGAUUGGGGAAGGGAAAGUUCAAAAACACACUGGUCAUGUGCUUUUUCCUGUGGAGUUCAGCUGUAUUACCUUCAAGAUAUUCCGUGGAGAGAUAUUGGAAGGGGUUGUUUAG